AUGGGAGGGCAGGAAUUUUCGUAUGGGCCUAAAAUUAUGAACGGUGGAUUGGCUGGUAUCGUAGGGGUGACCUGCGUUUUUCCUAUUGAUCUCGUCAAAACUCGGCUGCAGAACCAACCCAUUUUGCCGAAUGGAGAGGUACAGUACAAAGGAAUAGCUGAUUGUGCCAGGCAGACAUGGAGGUCCGGAGGAGCUUCCGUUUUUCUAAAGGUUCGGGCGUUGUAUUCUGGAUCAGCCGUUAACAUCGUUCUGAUUACACCUGAAAAGGCUAUAAAAUUGGUAGCAAAUGAUUUCUUCCGACACCAUCUUGCUGCUCCGGGCGAGAAAAAACUUUCAGCUUGGAAAGGAAUGACAGCAGGAGGGUUAGCAGGAAUGUUCCAGAUCGUUGUCACGACACCAAUGGAACUUCUGAAGAUUCAGAUGCAAGAUCAAGGACGAACUGCUGUUCCUGGUCAGAAGAAAAUGACGGCUCUACAACUAACUUCCAAAUUACUGAAGGAGAGAGGGAUCGCUGGGUUAUAUAAGGGUUUAGGGUCAACUUUCGCUAGAGACGUGACAUUUUCGAUGAUGUACUUCCCGCUAUUUGCCUAUCUUGAUUCACUGGGACCCCGAAAAAGCGACGGAAGUGGCGAUGCUGUGUUUUGGACUUCGUUUGUAGCAGGUCUCACAGCCGGGGCAUCGUCAUCAUUUGCUGUCACCCCUCUUGACGUUAUUAAGACGAGGAUGCAAACAAUUAACAAAGGAGCUCAUGAAAUAAGAUAUAAGAAUGUUGGAGACGCUUUUGUGAAGAUUCUUCAAAUGGAAGGACCCCGUGCUUUAUUCAAGGGUGCCGCCUGUCGUAUGAUGGUGAUGGCUCCACUUUUCGGUAUAGCGCAGACCGUCUACUACAUUGGAGUAGCAGAGAAGAUUUUAGGAGUACAGAAGGCUACCCACAUCUAG